AGAGCCUCGGCUUUGCACUUGACGGCACCUUUUGCAGCGGUUGCUGUGAAUGCCGUAAAGCGGAGUUGCCGCUGCUGUUGGGCAAGAAAACAAGAUUAUCUUCUUAUCCAAAAAAGAUGACACCAACUGGGUUACUCUCAAAGGACAACCAAGUGAGCACCACAGACUAAUGAGUAGAAUCAACAAGAACGUGAUUUUGGCGCUUUUAACUUUGACAAGUUCUGCAUUUCUGCUGUUUCAAUUAUACUACUACAAGCACUAUAUAUCAGCAAAGAAUGGAGCUGGUGUAUCAAAAUCUAAGGGAAACCGAAUUGGAUUUGAUAGCACACAGUGGCGUGCAGUUAAAAAAUUUGUUAUGCUAACAUCCAGCCAAAAUGUACCAGUGUUCCUUAUCGAUCCUUUGAUUCUGGAAUUGAUUAAUAAAGACUUUGAACAAGUCAAAAAUAUUUCUCAUGGCUCCACUUCAGAAUGCAAGUUUUUCUGUGUUCCAAGAGACUUUACUGCAUUUGCACUGCGGUAUCACCUAUGGAAGAAUGAGGAGGGCUGGUUUCGGACGGCUGAAAAUAUGGGCUUUCAGUGCCUAAAGGUUGAGAGCAAAGACCCCCGGCUGGAUGGAAUAGACUCACUUUCUGGAACCGAAAUUCCCCUGCACUACAUCUGCAGAUUGGCUAAUCAUGCCAUCCACUUGGUGGUCUUUCAUGAGAGGAGUGGCAACUACCUCUGGCACGGCCAUUUACGACUCAAAGGACGCGUGGACCGGAAAUUUGUUCCUUUUCGAAAGUUACAGUUUGGCCGUUAUCCUGGAGCUUUUGACAGGCCAGAGUUACAACAAAUUACUGUUGAUGGACUCGAAGUUCUCAUCCCGAAAGAUCCAGUGCAGUUUCUAGAAGAAAUACCACACUCUCGGUUUAUUGAGUGUAGGUAUAAGGAAGCUCGAGCAUUUUUUCAGCAGUACCUUGAUGAUAACACUGUGGAAGCCAUGGCCUUUCGGAAGAGUGCAAAGGAAUUGUUGCAGCUAGCAGCCAGAACGUUAAAGAAAUUGGGAGUCCGGUUCUGGCUGAGCAGUGGAACUUGUCUAGGAUGGUAUCGGCAAUGCAACAUUAUUCCUUAUAGUAAAGAUGUUGACCUAGGAAUUUUUAUACAAGAUUAUAAAUCUGAUAUUAUUUCAGCAUUUCAGGAUGUAGGACUUCCACUCAAACACAAAUUUGGGAAGGUAGAGGACAGCUUGGAACUAUCUUUCCAGGGAAAAGAUGAUGUAAAACUCGACAUUUUUUUCUUCUAUGAAGAGACUGACCAUAUGUGGAAUGGAGGCACUCAGGCCAAAACGGGAAAAAAAUUUAAGUACCUAUUUCCCAAGUUUACACUGUGCUGGACUGAGUUUGUAGACAUGAAGAUUCAUGUGCCCUGUGAAACCAUUGACUACAUUGAAGCCAACUAUGAAAAACCAAAGGGUGACUUCACAGACCAAGGGAAAGCCUUUGCUUUUAGGAAGCUGGCCUCGCCUCGUGUCAUGCCGGUUAUUCACCAUAAGCUGUCUUUCCUCCAUAUCCUGUUGGAAGACGAGAACAUGUGUACCAGUACUGUCCAAAUAGAGCAUCCGGUGAUGCUGGGAAUGAUCUCUGUCUGCACUGUCCAGUGCAGUAGCCACUAGCCACAUGGCUUCACAUUUGGAUCCAGUUGAGGACCAUCCCUGAGAUUCAAUGUUUGAUGCUUCUUCAAUGCAGGAUGUCUGCUAACUCAACGAGGCAGGCUGUGGCCACCUUCCAAGGCCCUUUCUCUUUCCUGUCUCAGGAACUCGAACAUGACCAGGAAGAUCUUCACAAAUAGCAGGGAGCGGUGGAGACAGCAGAAUGUCAACAGCGCCUUUGCCAAGCUGAGGAAGCUCAUUCCCACUCACCCUCCGGACAAAAAGCUGAGCAAAAAUGAAACCCUUCGCCUGGCAAUGAGGAUCUGCAUAAUGUUUGGAAAAGAAAAGCAUCGGUUAAAAACAGGUUGGAAAAUCACUGUUUUACUCAAUAUGUUUUCAAUUACAAGGAAGAAGUUUUUCCAUAACAGAUCUCAGGCCGAUGAAUAAAAAAUGCUUCCCUCAGAACAUAUUUUAAAGUUAGUUUUGAGAAAUGAAGUCUGUUUGAUGGAGGGUGAACAAAAUAAGGUUGAUGAAUGUGAAGACCGCCCUCACAGAAACGAACUUGGAGACUUGUGGGAAACUCUGGAGAAGAGAUCCUCCUGACAUGUGAGGCUUACAGGAACACAGCAGAUACAUGUGGAAGAGCUCUGCAUCCUUUAUCUCUAUGGAAAUGUGAGGUGUUGCUCGCAUUGAGCCAUUUAUAUAUGUGUUAUCUCUAAAGCCAAAUGGUGGAUUAUAUCUGUGAGUGGAAAGGACUGGAUAAUUUGUGAUUUAGAGUUCAUAGUUUUCUUAUGAAAAAUAGUUAGCUAAAAUAGGUUAUCUGCCCCCUUAGUUUCGCAUGUCAGGCGUUAAAACUUUUAACGCAGCCUGAGUUCCUGCUGAUUUAAGACCUGUGAAAUUCAAACAUAAUUAUGAAAAUCCAAACAUUGCCAUUUAACAACUCAUUUAACAGAGAGCUUAGUUUAAACAAAAGAUCUAGGGUAGACAAUAGGAAUGUAAUACCAGAUUUUAGUGAAUUAGUGAAUUUGUAAUUUGUCUUCCUUGCUGUGGAGCGUUAGCUCAAUCUUAUGCUGGGAGGGGUGGGACCCCCUAGUCAAUGAAACGGCAUGGAUCUGACAGAACUACUCAUAAGCAUGUGCCACCCUGAUGAUUGGAUUCAAAGGCGGAUUCAAAAAUGAAUCCCAUAGCUGAGCCCAGAAUACAAAUAAUGUCAUUUGAUUGUCUCUGGGACAUUUUAUUCCCCUAAAGUUCUUGACGGUGCGUUGGUUUUAAAACAUUCUGAACCACAGGUAGGAAAUUGCUGGAUUUGCGAUUACAGAUUUCCAGUGUACACACAAUAGGGGGAUUUAAAUUUCCUCUUACUCUAGAAAGAAGAUGUUUGAUUUAUGGGAGGUUGAAAAGGUUUAGUUUGGUGAUCAGAAGAAAGCUAGAUGAGGCUCCCCCCAAAUCUCAUUCCCCACAAAUAGCAAGGUCAUAAUAUCAUUAACCUCUACCCAGCACUCACGCUCAUAGUCCAGUGCAUUUAUCAGAAGCAAUAUGUUUUCCUUCUAGGUUCUUUCUUUCAACUGCAUUCCAUAAACUUCCCUAUGGAUCCAGAAUAGUACAGGGAAACACAUCUGCACAGAGACUAGGCUAUUUCCCCUGAAUGUGCAUUUCUCUCUCAUGAGGUUAUGUGGGCUUAAAUGUAUCAAAUUACCAACUGAUAGUAUAUCUCAAAGCUGCGAUGACAGUUGUCAACUGAACAACAUUACUUAUUCUCUCAUCUGGCAUUAAAUCAAAAUAACAAUUUUGACAAUAUUUUUUUAUUAGCUUCAUUGUGACAUGUUGCCGAGGAAAGUACAGAAGACUUCUUUGCCUGAAUGCAGGAUUUUAUUGCUCUUCUCAGAAUGAGUGCACUUUUCUGCUGUUGGGGCCAUGUCUGUGUGUACAGAAGGCCUUCUCACUGAAAUGUAAGAGAGUGCUCCUGAAAAGCCAUGAGGAGAUUGAGUUAUCAUUAAACUAUAUGAGGGGGGUAAUGAUUUAAAGAAACUCUGCAGGAAAUUCCAUUGAAAAAUGAAUAAACACUUAAAAUAUUA